AAUUGGUACUGUAGUCAACUUACACAACAACGUGGUUAAGUGGUUUCCUGUUACAGAUUCUAUCAAAUUAAAAGGUUCUUGCCAGCAUGGUAUUUGCAUACCCCUUUCGUCUUUAUGUGCUGUUUAAUGCACUGAUGAUAACUGAUUUCACUGGUAAGUUGUUAUUUUACUGUAAAUCUCUAUUCUCUAACCUAAUCAAAAGGAUACAAAAAUAGUAAGGAUGAUAUAGUCCUAGUACAAAAUGUAGCCCACAGCUUUCAGUCAGCCGGAAAAUCAUAAUUCUGUAUUGCAUUUUCAAGUACUAAUGAAUUUCCUUCAGAGACUUUCUGUAGUUAUACUUUGACUCACCUUCAAUCAUUCAAAGUAUGCAUGCUUUAAUAAAACUACUGCAAAAAUGUAUAAGAAAGAAUCCAGAAAAAAUGCCAUCAUACUGUGUGAUUAAUUAUCUAAAUCUAUACUACUAUAGAUUCUUUGUAUUUUUGCAUGGUGAAAUUACAAUAAUGGUACAUGGGCAAUUUGAUUUGUAAACGACGUGCAAAACAUAAGAAUUAUGUACUAAAAGUAACGAGGAAUUUUAACAGAUUAGAAAAAAAAUUUUCGUCGAACCUCCCCCCUUACAAAGUUUACACGGAACUUUUUAAAAUUGGGCACGAUGGGGGAAAAGUCAGAUAAAUUUGCUUCCGCCCCCCCCCCUAAUUAUUUCCCUCCCGUACGCCUAUGUAAGUACGGUUGUUGACAUGCGCACACUACAAAUUUUCAAACAAAAGACACAUCUUUAGUCCUAUUUCUUUUGUUAUACACUUAUAUUAUUCAUCAGAAUUUCCAUUUGCUAUUUGUUCGAUCAGUUUGCCCAUUUUGUUUUUCUUAAUUUCUUUUACAGAAAUGUAAGAAAAAUUUACGAUGGCAUGCAACAAUAUAUUAUUUACUUGCUGUUGAGAGAAGUUCCGGGUCGUUUGUUAAUUGAAAACUAUAUAUCGUAUUAUAAGAUGAGGCAAAAAGCCGAUGAGGUUUAACCCAUUCUUGUGCCUAGAGCCUGUGCGUAAGAAGGGCUCUGGGUACGAGAAUGGGUUUAACAUAUCACUGCAGCAUUUCGCUUGAGCUCGGUGAGUCACGAAACUACGGGGCUCGCUCAGACUCGCCCCAAUCAUGCGAUAAUGAAUAUACAUGGUGUUUCCACAAAUCAAAAACCUUAUAUUAUUUAAAUCUAUACAAUUAAAUUUGUAUAAAGAAAAAUUAAAAUUAAAAAGAUAUAGUCCUGGUACUGCCUGGAAAGUAGUCAACAGACGUUAAAAAACUCAAAUUGUAAAGAAUCAACAAAAAAUGAAUUUAAACGCAUUAGAAAUAACAGAAAACAAAUAUAAUAGAAAAAUCCAAAUGAUUUAUUUAAUAUUGUCACGUUUUUCUAAAAGCAAGACAUUUUUCCCGCCAAUGUCAUCAAGGUAAACUCUUAAUAAUAUUAUUUUUUAUUGAUUUUAUAGAGAAAAUAAGUGUCGUGGAUGCAAAACAAGAACGCCAUGUGAUCACUCUUGUGGAAUCAAAAUUUUCUCUAUUUAACAUGUUUCAUAAAUUCCUAGAAUUAAUAACGCCGCAAGAACAAAUUUCUGUACAGCUAGCAGAACAAAUAGCAAACAUAGGCCUUGGUAUUUAUAAUAAUAUCCAGCGUUGGUGGAAUGGUGAAAUAUCAGGAGAGCAAUGCAUAAAAAACUUGCUGGAUUUACUUCCAAGGGCAGCCGGUGUUGCAGGAGGUUAUUUUGGAGCUGUGAUUGGAGGAGCAAUCGGGGGUCCUGUUGGGGCAGGGAUAGGAGCCCCAGUUGGUGCAUUGAUUUCUUAUACUGGGAUGAAGUAUCUCGCUAACUGGAUAAAACAAAAGAUGUUUGGGAUACCAAAAGAAGAUGCUCUGGAAAAUUCCUAUCAACACUUGGGCGUAAAAAAGUCUGCCUCAAACGCAGAUAUUAAUAGAGCUUUCCGCAAGUUGGCUCUUAAAAAGCAUCCUGACAGGGGAGGGAGUCAAGAAGACUUUCUCAUCCUUCAAUUUCAUAUGGUAAUAAUCAAGCAAGCUAGAGAGGAUUGCUUUCUAUUUCGCUAUUUCGGAUUUAAUUUCUGUUAAAAAUGUAACAUUUUGAUAUUUGCAGGUCAUUUAAAAAUGCUCCAGGGCUCAUGACGAAACUUACAUUAGCUUAGUAAUAAUUAAUAACUGAUUGACUGCCUCGUACCCAGGCACUUUGGUUUGUUUACGUCAUGCAAAGGCCGCGCAAGUCAUAGAACAACACAUAGCGCCUGGGUACGAGGCAGACAGAUUGACUUUAUAAUUGAUCAAGAUUGACUUUAUAAUUGAUCAGGGGUUCGACUGACAAUUGAUUUGACGCGUAUUAUUUUGAGUUAGCGUUACUGAAAUGAGCUAGAAAGAGCGUGCUAACCCGUGUUUAAAGGUAUAUGGCAAUAUAUAUUUUUAUUACUUCAUUUUAAAGAACUUUUAAAAUUAUAUGUUAAUCUCCUUCACCG